UUCUGUCGAGGUUUUCCUGAGUUGUGACUGUGCUCUUGAGGUUAAUGCAACAACCACCCUGGAGUAUAAACCCAGUCACAACAAAAUUUGCCUACUUCUCUCUGGGAAUGCAAGAAAAACAUUAAGAGGUUUUUUGCAAUCAAUCACCGUUGGCCUUCUGGACACCCAAUUAAGUUGCCGCCCCUGCCAGCAGAGUGUCCUCCGACAAAGGACUGACCCUAACAUUAAACCAGUGAGGCAAGUUGUCUUAAAACCUGCCUCUAUGGCCCCUCUUAUCACCGAACUGAGAUAUAACAUCCAGGAAAAGAGUGUUCAUCCACCAAAGACAACUAAACUGAAUAACAGUGGACGGGAGUGUAGAGCAUAUCAACAAAAUAUCCGCCCACAGAUACACCGUGCUUCAAAACACAUGAAGGAAGCUUGCCAACUACCAAUCUCCAUUGGCCCUAAAAUAACCAAACUGGAUGUUAGACCCAAUCAGCAGAAUGCCCACGCAACAAUCUAUAAGAAUGCUAGAGGCACUCAGCAAGUAGUUUAUCAAACCAUCACCUUGGAUUUUGACAAAUCCAAACAGAAUCGAACCAUCCAACAGCAGGGUACGUGCCCACCAAGGACAAUAACUCAGAAAACCAACCACCAGUGCAGCUCAUAUGAGAAGAAUAUCCAUCCAACAAUUCACAAUGAUGCAAGAAAAAUUGGUCAAGAAAUUCCACAAGCCAUUACACUGGUACCUAAAAUAACACAAGUGCAGUCCAGGCCUCAUCACCAUAAGAAACCCAACCUGGAAUGCAGGCACAAUCAACACCGUGUCCGUCCACCAAUCCGCACAGAUCGGAAACACACUCAUCAAGAAAUCUCAAAGGGCCUUCAAAUAACCCAACUGGAAUGUCCGAAUAGGCAGACUAUGCAUCCAAUCCACAGGCAUGACAAAGACAUUCAACAAGAUGUUGUACAACCCAUCACCUUGGCCCCCGAUAUAGCCCAACUGAGGGGAAGCUCCCAUCAGCAUGGUGUUCGCCAACCCAUUAACAAGCCCACUAAAGUUUCUUGUGAAGAUAUUCUUGAACCUAUCUCCAUUGGGCUUCAGAUAACUGAAGUCAAGUGCAGCGCAGAUCAACAAACCGUCCAUACAUCACUCCAAAAGGACACUUGUGACAAGUGCUCUCACUUAACCUUGAUAGACUUUUGUCCAAAUCAGAAGAAUAGUAAUAAAGUCCAGAAGCGUGGUAGACACACUAAGUCAGUUGACACACAACCCAUUUCUAUGUGUCUUCAGAUAACGCCUCUCUCGCUUGGUCUGUGAAGUGUCCACCCAAUAAAUCACAAGGAUGCUAGACUCACCAAGCCACAUCCAGAAAAUCCAAAGGGUAAGCAGCCAAAUAAUCACUAUUAUGUCCAAAGGUGCACACUGGUUCCUAAAAACAAACUUGGACUUGUAGUUUUCUGUGAAUCUUUUGGACUAUACUACACUUCACUCGAGUCAGAGGUUUUUUUUUUCUGAGAGCUCUUAUCAGAGCUCUGU